UGCACUGCGAACCACCCCGGGACGUUACUACGUUGGUGUGCUGUGAAAUGUUGUGUUGGUUAGUUCAAUGAACUGUGUGGUGAAAUAAAUAUAACGAUGAAGGCCGUACUACAAACGAUACGGAUACUAGUCAUAAUACAAGUAAUUCAACACGUCCGCUGUCAAGAUGGGUUCAGCAACCAGGAUCUCCUGCGCCUGCAGCAGAUCGCCUCCAACGAAGGGCAGGUGGAAACCAUCACCAGCUAUAGCACCAACAUCAUCCAGAGGGACCCCAACACGCAGUCCAUCAGCUCUGUGAGCGUCAGGUAUCAAAUGGCAGACCCAGACAAAAACGAUGAGUACAAUAGAGCAGAUCGUGCUAGACCAAGAAAAAUCUACCGCAUCAAAAACCCCUUCCAACGCCCAGAGGAUGAGGAAACCAGACAGCCAGAACAAGAAACUCAAGAUAGCGGCACGGGGGCUAGUAACCAGUACGCGUCAGUACAGUACUCCUUACCACCCGAAGAGUUCCUACAACAGAUGAGGGAGAGAGAAAACCAGUACUACCAACAGCAACAGCAACAGCUAUCGACCCAAGCUUCCAACUUGGGUUACACAGCAACACCACAGCCGCAGUACCAGUACUCUACAGCAGCUCCUUCCAGUUAUGAAAACAAUAACCAGCAACAAAACCAGAUCCCACAGUUAGAACCGAAAAUGUCACAUGUCCCAACAUUUAUCACCAACUCGAAUCCGUACCAAUAUGGUUCAUCAAAUACGUUCGGUUUAGACACCAUUCAAAGCACUCCAUCUCCUAUUCCUUCAUACUUAUCAACUGCUCUACCAAGUAAUCAAUUUGUAGGUACACCAUCAAGCAGUUAUGUUUCAAGUUCAUCUCCUAUUUAUUUAUCAAGUCCUCCUAACUUACAACAGUACGUGUCAUCACCCUUAUCUAAUAUUCAAACUGGAACGUCCGAUUAUGGAAAUAAUAGGAUUACUUCGACACUUGGAAGUAAUUCGCUAAAUUACGAUAACGAAAUAACUAAAAAGAUGCAAAUUGACCACUAUGACAACUCCGCUAAUGGAGUAAGAUAUCCCAUAAACGUACAGCAAUAUCAAAAUGAGUAUCCUAGUUCCACGCCAGCUCCUUCUUCGUCUCCUUACUCUGAAUCAGUUCAAGAAUCCUGGCAAAAUUCAUUGCAAAAGUCUUUACAAGAUAUGGCUACUCAGUAUCAAAAUAGUCAAUACAACAAUAACCAAGAUAAUAAUGCUGAUAAUUUGAACGCUGAAACUCAUCGUAUUUCAAAUAUUCCUCCAGCAAAUAAUGUAUUUUUAAAUCUUGUUCAACCUGAUUUCAUGAUGAACAAUUUAAAGUCGCGCAAUAGAGAACCAGAGUCAGAUAAUGGACAGUACACUUAUUACUCUCAUGGCGACUAUGGUUGGAAAAUGCCAUCGAAAAAGCCACCCAGUAACCAAGAGGUAUACACACCUGCGAAUUAUCGAUACCAAUCAUUUGGUUCACAAUCUACUGAAUCACCAGCGGUUAGUCAGAUGAGUUUUCAAAUGGAUAUAGGAAGGUCACACGGCUAUGAUCAAAUAUCUAAGUCUAGCCCUGAAACUUUAGAUCCAUCUGAUUUUGCGAAAGCUGCAGCUAAAGCUCAUGAAAAGCAAAUGCAGCAGCAGCAGCAACAUCAGCAUCAACAGCAACAGCAACAACAACAGCAGCAGCAACAACAAUAUUAUAAUAGCUUUCCACCUAACUACAACACUAAUAAUUACUUUGGAAAUAUAUCCCCAGGUAGUAGUAGUAGUACUAGUUAUGGAAAUAAUGAUAAACAAAGAAACAGGUAUCUCGAUAAUACAAACUCUAACUCUUAUGCAUAUAGCACACAAUCAGUUGUGUCGGGGUCGCCGUAUUUUUAUCCUAAUUCAAAGGAUAAUGUAGAAAGCAAACCUAAACAGCCAUUUGAUCAUGAUAAAGCAUUGAAAAAUAUUGUUCCCAUUGACGUUUCAAAUGUAGUCCCUAAUUCUGAUUCUCAAGGUAAAGUUGUAGCUGGAAUAGAUAACAAUAAUAAAUUCGGAUUAUCCAGCUAUGGAAAAGAACAACCUGACUUGAAACAGUAUUAUCGAUCUAUAACUGAUUCUUACUACAAAGAUAAAAAUUCCAUUUACGGAUUCAAUAUCAAAGCAAAGCCAGAUGAAUACAACAUUGGUGUAGAAAACGCUAAACAGGCUGAAAAUAUACAGCAAUAUUUUGGAAAGCAACAAUCACAGGAUUCACUGUACAAUCAAGCUAUGAACGACAAUAAACGCUACAUAGAAGGUACCCCACAACCAGUUAGUUAUGUAUCGCCAAGUAGUAACAUUUAUCAGGACAGCAUUCAAUCCCCAGCAAACGUCCAACAACAAGGAUUACAACGCCCUCAAAACCAUGUUUCUGAUAUUGCAAGUAUUUUAAAACUUAAUGAUAUUCCUUACCGUUUAACGCAAGGGCUAUCCAGUGAUUCAUUAAGGCUGAAUAAUUAUGACCAAGUAAGUUUACCAACACCUUUACCGAUGAGACUUAAUCAAAAUGUAGGCAGUCAUCAAAUCGACGUUGCUAAUGGUCUUCUGAAUAAAUUACUAAACAAACAGCAAAAUCUUAAUUUAAACAGACCAGAAAUAGACACACAAACAGGUGGGUUAGUGUCAACGAUCAAUGGUUUUAAGGUAGCCAAUCCAUUCAAUGUGGAUUUAAAAUUAGUUGCAGAAAUGCUAAAAGGUAAACCAUCAGUUGACGAAUCUCAUAUUUUAUCUUUACGAGACCCAAUUAAUAAACCACUGCCGUUAAAGAUUGACAUGUCACAGUUGCAGCAAUUACUUCUAAAAAAUGAAAAUAAUGGUGGAUUUGGGGUUAUAACUGAUGGCCUUAGUGCUGUGUCCAGUCCUUAUUUGGAAAUUUAUAAUUCCGGGCGCUUCCCGUAUCAAGGAGUUAAGUAUUCUAGAAGUCAAGAAGAAGAGGAAAGUAUUGUACCAAUUGCUGAUGCAUCAAAUACUCAUCCCAUAGGAGCGGUAAUUGAAGAAGCGGAUAUAGCAAACGUUCGAGAGGCAAGCACGGGUACUGAUAUAACUGCACAGGAUGAAGAUGCCAUAUUACCAUCAUUUGUUGAAGACAGACCAAAAAAUUCGUUUCCUUCUCGCGACAGGCUGAGGCAUCCAAACGCACUAAUACCAGGCCGUCAUUCGUUUCAAAGAAAACAUCCAAAAUCUGAUGUUGAUGAGCCUUAUCCCCUUUUGAAACCACCUCCACCACAUUCACCAAGGAAUAGAGGUGCUAGAAGUAAAUAUGAAAAACAUGGGCGAAGGCGACGCGUGUCGAAGCCUAGAAUUGUUAGAGUUUUAAAAACAGAGCCAUUGUUUGAAGCUGGAAGUGAUGUUGAAAAUGAUGAACCUGCUUUGCAAACCGUGUUGCAACCACCAUCACAAAUCGCAGAAGCCAAAUCUGAUAUAGAUGUGGACAAAUUAGAAAGUACGUAAGAUGUUCGCAGAAACAAAAUUCUCAAAUAUUUUUAACGUUUGCCAAUUCAUGUAUUUUCUUAAGUGUAUUUAAUAUUUAACUUAUUUUAUUGACUCUCGAGGAUUUUCAGGAUGUUUAAGUCCUGACAACUCUUCCGUAUAUUUAAUCUUGUUAUGGUUCUACUUUAACGUUUAUCAAUGUUAUUUUUUAAUUUACGACAUAGACAUACUUUAUUGUUUUUGCAUCCCAAGACUGCUUGAAAGAUGCAAUAUAGGCAUUUACUAUAAUCAAGGUAUUAUUUGAAGGCUUGAAAGUUAUGGAAUGAAAUACUUCCUCGUACCUAAGUACCUAACUGUCAUUCAUAAAUUAAGUAAAAACUGAAAAUGUUAUUCAGUUAAAAUUCUCAAUUGAUUCAUACAAUUGCAGUGAUUACUGUAAAUAAGUCUAUGGCCCUAGAUCUAAGUCAGAAUCUUUAUCUAAAAUGUUAAGUUUUGUAAAUAUUUUAUACUCUAGUUUAAGAUAAAUUAAUUAUAACCAACUUUUUUGUGAUAAGUCGACGUUGUGUUAAGUUUUUGGGCGAAUAAGAUCAACUCUUACCGCUGUUAGAUUGUUGAUGUUACAAAAAAUAAAAUGUUUGGAAUAAU